AUGGACGAGUUUGAGUAUCGUAUUCUCUGCUGCCACGUGGCUGUCGACGUGGCAAUAUUGUGUACUCUGGAAAUUGUUGUCAUUGUGUCAACUUAUCUGACAGGUUGGCCCCCUCCCCCGCAACUUUUACAUCAUCUUCAAUUCGCAGGUUUCAAGCACCCGUUGAUGACAUGUCAGUCGUUCAACGUGUCACUUUUGGAGCGCUAUAAUGAGCCGACGGUGUUGUCGCAGCACAAAAUCUGUACUACAAACGGACCGCUCCUCUUCUGGAUCAUCAUCCACGUGUUCACGGAUCUCAUGGCGUUGGUCAGUUGAUCUUUUUCGUUCUGUCUUCCUCUCAAUUGGGUGAGCGGACAAGAGAUACUCAUCUGUGUCGACGACGGAUCGGUGGAGUACGGUAGUCGGAGGAGAAGCGAAAGAAAAAAUAUAUAGGCUAUAAUUCGAGUUUUGGCGACUUGACUUUCAGAUCUCCAUCUACACAAAGAACACGAAACUUCUACUCGGCUACUUGUUCGUCACCUCAUUGGAUCUUCUGAUGUCUCUUGCCUACGUCGUCGUUCUGCUCGCUUUUAUUGUCGUGAGCGAGCCAGUUGAUAAGGUAAAAUGUUAAUUUCACGACUCGACACGCAACUACUACUACUACACACUUCAGAUCCUAAUGAUGUUUAUGGUUGGAAUGGUCGUGUUCAAAGUCUACGAGAUCCUGAGCGGCCGACGCCUCUACUGGUACCUGCUCUGGCGCCAGGACAACAUGAUGACUCCGCGUUCGGCUCUCGUCAAACACGACGACAACAAUGUAUUCCAGUUUUAA